AUGGAGACCAUCUGGAUCUACCAGUUCCGCCUCAUCGUGAUAGGGGACUCCACCGUGGGCAAGUCGUGCCUUCUGCACCGCUUCACCCAGGGCCGCUUCCCCGGGCUGCGCUCCCCCGCUUGCGACCCCACCGUCGGCGUGGACUUCUUCUCCCGCCUCUUGGAGAUCGAACCGGGCAAGAGGAUCAAGCUGCAGCUCUGGGACACAGCGGGACAGGAGCGGUUCAGAUCCAUAACUCGAUCUUACUACCGCAACUCAGUUGGUGGAUUUUUAGUGUUUGACAUUACUAACCGACGAUCUUUUGAACAUGUGAAAGAUUGGCUAGAAGAAGCAAAACUACAUGUACAGCCAUUUCGGAUUGUAUUUCUGCUAGUGGGACAUAAGUGUGAUUUAGCUUCACAACGUCAAGUUACAAGGGAAGAAGCUGAAAAACUGUCAGCAGACUGUGGCAUGAAGUAUAUAGAAACCUCUGCAAGAGAUGCUACAAAUGUUGAGGAAUCCUUUACAAUCUUGACAAGAGACAUAUAUGAACUUAUUAAAAAGGGAGAAAUUUGUAUUCAGGAUGGCUGGGAAGGGGUUAAGAGUGGUUUUGUUCCAAAUACUGUGCAUUCUUCUGAGGAAGCAGUCAAGCCCAGGAAAGAGUGCUUCUGCUGA